AUUGGUUUUGCGCUGAGCCCGCCUGUUUUGUGUCCCUUUCUACGCGGGAGGAGCGGCCGGAGGCUGUGCACCACCUCGGUUGGGUAGCUAGGUUUGCUCUUUCCAACGGCAAGCGCCAGCGGGAGUCUGCGCGGGUCUUCUUCGAGGCAUCUGCACUUUUCCUUCUGUCGCUUCCCCUUUUAAAAAAAAAAAAAUCCCUCUGUAUUUCCCUCUCAGCACCUGCAGAAGCCUCAUUUGUUUUCGCUCCUCCUCUUUCCUUUUCCUCCUUUUUCCCGCCUGGCUGCUUCCUUUCGCCUCCCCCGUUCAUUCAUUUGAAACCUUGGAAUUGUUUUUUUCUUUCGCUUCACUUUCCCCCCUCUUUUUCUACAGCUGAAGCAAGGGGCAUUCUAAUUUUUUUUUUCCUGGUUCGGGUUUGCUUGUAAAGUCUCCUUUCUGCUUUUCAAUCCGAUUUGUUCCGCUGGGCUCAGGAGACGUCUGCGUCCUCCGACCCCUCUUUCUUUCCACCCCAGAAACUUUCGGGGCCUCCGACAUCGCCGGUUUCCCGCUUUGCGCCCCCCCCUUUUUUUUAUCUUCAUUCCAUUUCCCCGCGCUUUGUUCGCGCCAUGGCGGCUGCUGUGGCGGCUUCCACACCGAUAGGGCAGCGCACCCGGAGCAGUGCGGCCAGCACACCGCUUAGUCCGACCCGCAUCACCCGCCUGCAAGAAAAGGAGGAAUUGCGGGAUCUCAAUGACCGCCUGGCUGUUUACAUCGAUAAGGUGCGCAGCUUGGAGAUCGAGAACAGUGCGCUUCACCUCCAAGUCACCGAGCGGGAAGAGGUGCGUGGCCGUGAACUCACCGGCCUUAAAUCCCUCUAUGAGACCGAGCUGGCCGAUGCCAGGCGCUCUUUGGACGACACGGCUCGGGAGAGAGCCAAACUGCAGAUCGAGGUGGGCAAGAUCCGCGCUGAACACGACCAGCUUCUUGGCAACUAUGCAAAAAAAGAAUCUGAUCUGAAUUGUGCUCUGGCAAAGCUUCGGGAAUUUGAAGCUUCUCUAAAUGCAAAAGAAGCAGCCCUUGCUACAGCACUUGGUGAUAAAAAAAGUCUGGAAGGGGAGCUUGAGGACUUAAAGGAUCAGAUUACUCAGCUUGAAGCUGCUUUAACAGCUGCCAAGAAACAAUUGGUGGAUGAAACAUUAUUGAAAGUGGAUCUCGAAAACCGCUGCCAAAGUUUGAUUGAAGACUUGGAAUUUCGAAAAAAUAUGUAUGAAGAGGAAAUAAAUGAAACAAGAAGGAAACAUGAGACUCGCCUUGUUGAGGUGGACUCUGGGCGUCUGAUAGAGUAUGAAUACAAACUGAGUCAAGCACUGAAAGAAAUGAGAGAGCAACAUGAUGCACAAGUGAAACUUUACAAAGAAGAGCUUGAAGAAACAUACCAUGCCAAACUUGAAAACGCAAGAUUCUCCUCUGAAAUGUGCAGCUCAGCUGCUAACACCGUAAGAGAAGAACUUACAGAAAGUCGCAUGCGCAUUGAUAGCCUCUCUUCCCAACUGUCUGCUUUACAAAAAGAGUCUAGAGGAUGGCUAGAGAGAAUGCAAGAACUGGAAGACAUCCUGGCUAAAGAAAGGGAUACCUUCCGCAGGACACUCUCUGACAAAGAGAGAGAGAUGGCAGAGAUACGAGAUCAGAUGCAACAGCAGUUGAAUGAUUAUGAACAACUGCUAGAUGUAAAAUUGGCUCUGGAUAUGGAAAUCAAUGCCUAUAGGAAGCUGUUGGAGGGUGAAGAAGAAAGGUUGAAACUUACUCCCAGCCCAUCUUCUCGUGUAACUGUCUCUCGGGCAUCAUCAAGCCGUAGUGUUCGUACAACAAGGGGAAAGAGGAAGAGGGUUGAUGUUGAAGAAUCGGAGGCCAGUAGUAGUGUUAGUAUCGCUCACUCAGCUUCUGCCACUGGAAAUAUCUGUAUUGAGGAGAUAGAUGUAGAUGGGAAAUUUAUCCGCUUGAAGAACACUUCUGAUCAGGAUCAACCAAUGGGAGGCUGGGAGAUGAUCAGAAAAAUAGGAGAUGUUUCUGUGAAUUAUAAGUAUACCUCAAGAUAUGUGCUGAAGGCAGGCCAGACUGUUACAAUUUGGGCUGCUAAUGCUGGAAUAACAGCCAGUCCUCCCUCUGACCUCAUCUGGAAGAACCAGAAUUCCUGGGGCACUGGCAAAGAUGUGAAGGUUGUUCUGAAAAACUCUCAGGGAGAGGAAGUUGCUCAGAGAAGCACCGUCUUCAAAACAACUUUACUUGAAGCUGAAGAGGGGGAAGAAGUAGAAGAAGAACCAGUUGAAGCUGUAGAAGAGGAAGAUCUAUUUCACCAGCAGGGAGACCCACGAGGAGCCAACAGAAGCUGUGCAAUCAUGUAAAUGGCAAUCAUCUAGUCCUCACUUAUGCUUAUCCCUUCCUGCAGAGGAGAACCUUCUUGGAAGCACAACAUAUUUUUGUAUUUCCUUUUGUGAAUUUUAAAGCUGUGUCUGGCCUUAAUUUCCUUUCUUCCAGAGGAGGAGGUUUUUGUAUGUCAAAUCAUAUAUAUAGCUUUUUGAAAUGUGAACUAUUGACACUGAACUAUGUACUGUUUUUUCAAAAAAACAACCCUCAUUUUUACGGUGGCCCUUUUUUAAUAUCCUUGUUAAAAAAAUACUUGUGUGGGGUUUGGUUAUUAGUCUAGCCAUCUACUCUUUAUCUUUUUACAUUCUUACAUGCUUUUUGGAAGGGGGAGGAAAGUGCUUUCAACAAAUUUUUGUAUGGAAAACUUUUGUAUUUUAGCAAUCAAGAUACACAAAUUUUACUCACGAUAUUUGUAAAGAAAAUUGUCGUCCAUUAGUUACAUCAUAAAUAGAAGGAUGAAGGACUCUAUAAAACUAUUUGACUAGUUUUACUUAGCAAUUUAAUCAGGAAAUGGGCUUAUGUUAAUGUGUGAUGUGUGUUUUUAAAUUCUAGUGUAACUUGCAUACUUUUUCAUGUCAUAUUAACAAUAAAAGCUAUCUUAAGAAGG